ACAGAGUCCAUCCUUCCCAGGGAGGUGCUGGGGUGUCAGAGAGAUUCUGGAGCAAAGUCUGGCGCAGAUCCGACACUAUGAGGGCAGCAGAUCAGAGCCGCGGUGUCCAGCCUCUCCACUGAACCGUCAAACAGAGAAAAUGGGAAGUGCGAGCGAAGACCUGCUCGUCACACUUCAGAUCCUGCCCGGCUUCUUCUCCAACUGUCUCUUUCUGGCUCUGUACGACUCCGUGGUGCUGGUGAAGCGCGUCGUGGCGCUGCUGAGCCGGUCGCGCUCCGCCGGCUGCGGAGAGUGGCGCCGCAUGCUGACCUCCGAGGGGCUGCGCUCCAUCUGGAACAGCUUCCUGCUUGACGCACACAAACAGGUGAAACUUGGCUGUGAGGCCCCGAACUCCAAGGUGGUGAAGGUUCCUGAUGGACCCCGGUGGAGCAGCACUGUGGUCCCGUGUGGCUCGAGGAUCCAGACUGGGGGUGAAUGUCGCCUUCUGGAUUUCGAGUCUUCGGAUCGCCCUCUGGUUGUGAACUUUGGCUCGGCCACCUGACCCCCAUUCAUCAGCCACCUGCCUGCCUUCCGGCAGCUCGUGGAGGAUUUCAGUGACGUGGCCGAUUUCCUGCUGGUCUACAUCGACGAGGCCCACCCGUCUGACGGCUGGGUGGCCCCUCAGAUGGGGGCCUGCUCUUUCAGCUUCCGGAAGCACCAGAACCUCGAGGAGAGGAUAGGAGCCGCGCGCAAGCUCAUCGAGCACUUUUCCCUACCGCCGCAGUGCCAGCUGGUGGCCGACUGCAUGGAUAACAAUGCCAACGUCGCUUACGGGGUGGCAAACGAACGGGUGUGCAUCGUGCACCAAAGGAAGAUCGCCUACCUGGGAGGGAAGGGACCGUUUUUCUACAGCCUGAAGGACGUGAGGCAGUGGCUGGAGCUGAGUUACGGCAGACGAUAGUAGAUGAGCUCUGAAUGACAGCACAGAGGACUCGUAAAAAAAAAAAAAAAAAAGCACAAAGCCUCAUGACUUUGUAUGAAGUAAAACUAACAGGUCUGUCACGAAGAUGUCAGCCAUCGGGCUCUAAACAACUGUAUCCUGGAUCUGCGUCGCACUUUCUUUGUUUUCAUACACACCGAGUGUGUUUCGUCUGCCUUUGUAACUGUUUUUGCUGCUGAAAAAAAUCAUGUCUUCAGAAGAAAAAUCCUAACGUCCCAAGUUGAAAAUAUGUAAAAAGAAGAUUUUGUGAUUAUUUUUAGAAGAAUUUUAUAUUUUUUACAUCUUGGUAAGAUGUCAUUUGCACUAUUCCAACAACGCAACUUUUCUCUACACCUUUUCCUUCCUGGUAUUUCUGACAGGAAGGAAAGCAUUGUUCUCCACCUUUCAUGAUUUAAUAUAAACUCAAAAUAGAUUUAAUGUGGCAGAAGCGUGACUCUAAAUGACUGUUCCUCUUUGUUCCCAUAGUUUUUUUUUUUUCUUUCUUUCGAACAAUGACUGCAUGUUGAGGAUAUUAUCUCACUUGUAAGCGAAAUCUAGCUUAAGGCUCCAAGGAUCUGUCUUCACAGAUUUUUUUUUCAGUUCAUCUGUAUUUUAUUUCCGAGCCCCGCUACUUUAAAAACACCUCAGGGAUUCAGGAUGACAAUUGCGUGCUCUGGUCCACGUGGCCUUUAGUCAAACACAAAGCCCCGUUUGAGUCUUAUCAGAUCAUUAAAUUUAUCCUCCAGCUGACGUAGAUUAAAAAAAAACAUAGCUUUCUCGUUUCUUAAACUGUUGCCCAGAUAUCAUGUGAAUUUCCGACAGAAACUUUGCCUUUUUCAUUAACAUUUACGAGCACUUCCAGCUCUCUCGUGGUUCGAUUUUUGGUGCUUUGGAGAGAUUUACAGCAGUUUUAAACUCCCACUUUUCACAGGAUGACUUAUGUAGAAAUCACAGGGAGCUCGGCUUUCUGAAAGACCUCAAAUCUGAUUCAAACAACAUACUUGGACUUCACUAGAUUUAGAGGACUACCUUCAAACAGCUUGUUUCAAAUGGCACUUUUGGUGCUUGUGGUGAAAGCUUGACUUGGUAGUCACAGGUUUCUUCCACAUUUUUCAUAAACUUUUUCAAGUCCUUUAUCUUCUGAACAGAUUCGGAAACUAAUUUAGCUGAAUUUAGGGCUAAGCGAUGUAAUGUGUAGUUUAAAUCACUUUAAUAAGGUAGAUCCAACUUACUGCUCCGUAGCAUUUGGUCUGAGGUAAUCAGGUUCCUGCUGCUUGACAAGCACUUUCAUCUUUUACCCCACUAAACACUGAAUGAAGACACUGCAAAUAUCAGUCAACAAGUUGGCGGUCCUUUCAGGGUCUUGGUGAGGUCUUCAGGGGAGCAUGAUGAAUCCAGUUGGCUCCAUUUAGAGCAGAGCAGAGCACGAUAAGUCAUGGAGGGUUUUGAGGAUGCAUGAAAAGUCAUAAGCGAAGUUUUACGGUUUAUCAUCAUGCUGGCAAAUUAGUAGCUUGGAUUUUCUUCCAGGUAAAGCACAAAAUGCUCAGCGUUUUAUUGAUGAAGAUUAAAUACAUUUAUAGUUUGACAUAAGCUCUUUAAAACAGCUUGACAUGAGUAUUUCUUUAUAUGCAAGUAGCACUUUUAAUCCUCAUCAUUGACUGAAUAAAACAGCUAUUUACUAGAUUAUAGGCGUGGCUUUGUGAAAGGCAGCUUUAGCCUGAAUGCAUGUCAUUAAAAAAAAACUUUUACAAACAUAUUUAAAGAUGAUUUGUGAUUAAAUCCAAAUAAAUCGUCCAAAUUUCCUUUGAUCAACAGGUCGAGUUUGUAAAAAAAAAAAACAACAACAUGACUUUUUGUCCUGUUCAUUGAAGGAAUAGUACAUUAAGAACUCCUCUUCUAAAUGUGCCGAAAACAGCAGGUACUUUAACUUGCUCUUUUUGAGCUUAAUAAAAAUCAGGACAGUUCUCAAUGUUUUCUUUGACAAAUAAAUAGGUCUAAUCUCGUUAUUCCAUUAUUCUAAAUGGGGUUUUGCACUACAAUCUCUAUCAAAUAUAUUUUUUUGUGUCUUAUAGUCCUCAGGAAAAAAUAAAUAAAAAAAUCAGCAAGUGAGACCUCAAGGAAAACCAGAAAUUGGUAUCAACAAGAAAAACCUGAUCAGUCCAUCUUUAAUCCCAUAUGAAGAUCACCGUUUCUCCUAACAUACUCCUCAACGUGCAAGUGACCAAACUGCACUGCUAUAAUAUUUAUGCAACUUGAGGCGUGACUAACUGUGUACAUUCAGCUGAUUUACAUCAACAGGCACGAUCUCUGCUGCCACAGAGGAAACACAAUGGCAGUACACUGACCUCAGAUCAGGGAUCUGUUACACAUUCUUGAACAAAAGGCACCUAAAAAUUCUUGAGGAAACAAGGGGAAAAAAGAAAAGAGAAGAAGUCCAGAUGCCUUCUGUUUCAGCACGUUUGCACUAAAGAAGUCACGUGACAAGAGGUUGAAAGCCACAUUAAAUCUAUUUUUGGUUGCAGAUAAAGAUUUAUCAAGCCAUGUAAAAUAUGUUCUGUUUCUUGCCGAGAAACGUGAUUGAGCUGCUGCUUUAAAAGUCUGAGAUUGAGCUGAUAUUUUAACCAGUUCAUUUUUAAGGAUGGCCGCAGUUUACCAGGAGCAACCGUGCAUACAUUUGCAAACUGCACUUGUUUAGGUGUGUGAGAUGGAACAGUUGGCUCAGACUGAAAAAAGUACAUCAAACUCUACUUUUCUAAACCCCCGUGUUCAUCCGUAAGACUUCAAUGCUCACUCUAAGUGAUUGAGAUGUUUUAUGCUUCAGGAUCAUACAUGCUGCCAAAAUAAUCAUAGCAAAAAAAAACAAAAAAAAAAAAAACUUUUGCACUAACCUGUCUGCCAACAAUCCACAACGCAUCAGUGCAUAUUUUUGGGAAAAAAAAAAAAAAAAAAACAUGCCAGCAGCUCCUAACCUACAUGGAAACUGACUCGUUAACAGGUGCAAAGCAUUGUAAAUCAGCCUGCUAGAUUACAGUUAGACGCAUAUAUUGAUGCAACUUAUACAUGUUACCUUCAUAGACCAGUUUGUUGUUUUGCAGGAUAUCUUUAAGGGUAUCUCUGACCGGAUUGCUGCAGAUGUUUUAGUCAGGUGAGAGUGAAUUGUAUUCCAUGCAGAGAGGCUUUUAGCAACAACAAUGUGCUUCCUGAGUUCUGAAAGUUUGAGCUCCACAAGUUCAGUCAAGGAUGCAGUAAAAAAAAAAAAAAAGAAAAAAGAAAGCUGCAAGCGUCCAGGCCAGAAUUCACAAAUCUGUACAUAAAUACGCAUUUCAUGUAUUCUCUACAUGUUGAGGUGGGUGGAUGGACGUCAGAAGAAGUGAGGGAAUAUGAAAGGAAACCAGACAGAAUUUUUUUUUUCCUCUGGACAGAUGGAUUGCUCUGCCCAAAGUGAUUAUGGUGUGCAAAUGAAAACCUUUGACGAAAGAGUCCGUGGCUCAGUCUCUGGUUGGAUAGUAGACAACACCGUGUCAUCAUGAUGCAGGUUGAUGGCAUCUGUUUUCACUGUCAGUCUCAAAGUUCUGUCCCGUGUCGCAGCCUCAUGCGGACACCUCUGGUUUUUAAUGUUUGUUUAGCGUGACGCUUAUUUUUAUAUGUACAAUGGGGGAAACACCACUGGUGUAAAAUAAAGGUGAAUGUUUGACUUUGAAA